AUGACUUCGAACCUUGAAUUAGGUCGAAGCAAUUUUCCCACCACAAUCGUAAAUGCAAAAAGGGUCAAUGUCAUAAUGCGGUUUUGGGUUGCUGGGUUGCCCAUACGCGAUGACUCGCCGUAUUCAAAAUUCAUUUUCAACUUGAUAUGCUUUUUCGGUGGCGCAGAUUUUGAAGCUUCUGAAUCUGUCGUUCGGGAAUACUGUCCGACCGGCGCGCUGAAGAGAACUGCACCGAGGACGGAGGACUCCGUCUACGCUAACUCCUUCGCUCCCAAGCCAUAUUCAGCCACGUGGAUUGAAGCAGGGGGUGGGUUGCAUCGUGUUUGGUAUGCGUAUGACCCCGGAAAGCCAAGCUGUAAUUUCGAGACCAGACCAUCUCAUUUGGAUAAGGACGAGAACGUCGCCUCCUCUGGAAACAGUGCCGAAUUCGAAAAUCGAUGCGAUAUUUCAAGCUUGCCUUUGCCGAUCGUUCAAAAAAGGAGGGGUAAAAAGACUAAGGGUCGCGUCUAG